UUUGGCUGAAAGUUAGGUGAAACUUCCCAACAGGAGACGCUUCUCAACAGUGGAAUAUAUUGCUUUAGAAGGUUGUGAGAUUUCUAUCCCUGGAAGUAUUUAAGCAACCAUCUGGACUGGGAAGUGUACCAAAGGACUUCCAAGAUGGGAAAGAAGAAAUUCAGUGGAUUGGAAGUCACUCUGAUCACUCUCUUUAUUUUGGUGGUGAUUGUAGCUUGUACCUUGAUUGGACUUCUAGCAACAGGUCAUUCUGGUCUUAAAGACUUUUCACCAACAUGUCCAGCUGUACAACUAUCUGACCGAAUAGACUGCAUUCCAGAUCAAGUGGCAACAAAGGCUCUAUGCACACUCCUUGGCUGCUGCUGGGAUCCUCAGAAUGAAACAUUCAUCCCUUGGUGCUACUUUUCUAAUAGUCAUGGGUAUAAAGUUGAAGGAGCCCAAACACAGACAAAUACAGGAUUUGAAGCCAAACUUAAAAGAUUGCCUGCACCAUCUGUGUUUGGAGGUGAUAUUGGAAAAGUUCUCCUCACCACAGAAUAUCAGACAGCAAACCGUUUUCGGUUCAAGAUUACAGAUCCUGCUGAGAAAAGAUAUGAAGUGCCACAUGAGAAUGUUAAACCCUUUCAGGGACCCAAAGUAGACAAUCCAAACUACAGUAUUGAAAUCACAGACAGUCCUUUUAGCAUCAGAGUGAUCAGGAAGAGCAAUAACAAAGUUCUUUUUGACACCAGCAUUGGACCACUUGUGUUUGCCGACCAGUUCUUGCAACUCUCCAUCAGAUUGCCAAGCCAGAAUGUUUAUGGUAUUGGAGAACACGUCCAUAAACAGUACCGACAUGAUUUUAACUGGAAAACAUGGUCAAUAUUUACUCGGGAUGCUGCACCUCUUGGGGAUGCACAUAACCUGUAUGGUGCUCAGACUUUCUUCUUGUGUCUGGAAGAUGCCACUGGACACUCCUUUGGUGUAUUCUUGAUGAACAGCAAUGCCAUGGAUUUUGCUCUCCAACCUGCUCCAGCUGUUACAUACAGAACAAUUGGUGGAAUCCUAGAUUUCUACAUAUUCUUGGGAAACACUCCAGAGCAAGUUGUGCAAGAAUAUCUAGCGCUAAUAGGACUUCCAUGGAUGCCGUCCUACUGGAAUCUCGGAUUUCAGAUUUCUCGCUGGGAUUAUGCUGAUCUUAAUGACGUGAAAGCUACAGUGGAAAGGAAUAGGGCAGCUGGAAUACCUUAUGAUAUUCAAUACACUGAUAUUGACUAUAUGGAAGAUGCCAAAGCUUUUACCUAUGAUAAAAUAAAGUUCGCAGACCUUCCUGAAUUUGUUCAAGACCUUCAUGACCAUGGACAGAAAUACAUCAUAAUACUGGACCCAGCCAUUUCUAUUUAUGAUCUCCGCAAUAAUACUCCCUAUGAGGCCUAUAGAAGAGGUGAAGAGAUGAAAGUGUGGAUAAAUGAGUCAAAUGGAAUAAGUCCUCUUAUUGGAGAGGUAUGGCCAGGAACAAGUGUCUUUCCUGAUUUUUCCAAUCCUGUUACUGUUACAUGGUGGUCUAAUGAGUGCAACACCUUUCAUCAGACUAUUCAGUUUGAUGGAUUGUGGAUUGACAUGAAUGAAGUAUCCAAUUUUGUUAAAGGAUCCAGAACUGGCUGUGCACAAAACAACUUGAAUUAUCCACCUUUUACACCGAAGAUUCUUGAUGGUGUCAUGUACUCAAAAACACUUUGCAUGGAUGCAGUGCAGAAAGCCGGCAAGCACUAUGAUGUCCACAGCCUCUAUGGACUUUUCAUGACUACUGCUACUGAUCAAGCUCUCCAAACUAUUUUUCCUGGUAAGAGAAGCUUUCUUCUUUCUCGAUCUACUUUUGCUGGAUCUGGAAAAUUCACAGGACACUGGCUGGGUGAUAACGAUGCCACUUGGAAUAAUAUGAGAUGGGCCAUACCAGGAAUGUUGGAAUUUAGUCUUUUUGGCUACCCUUAUAUUGGAGCAGAUAUUUGUGGCUUUCUCCUAAAUGUCUCAGAAGAACUUUGCAGACGGUGGUUACAAGUUGGAGCAUUUUACCCAUUUUCUAGGAAUCACAAUAGUGAAAUCAAUGCACCUAAAGAUCCUGCAUCUUUUGGACCAAACUCUCUAUUGGUGAAUUCAACCAAACAUUACCUGAACAUACGUUACACCUUGUUACCAUAUCUCUAUACCCUCUUUUACAAAGCCCAUGCCCAUGGAGAGACAGUUACAAGACCUGUUCUACAUGAGUUCUACUCAGAGGAAGCCACCUGGGCUAUUGACAGACAGUUCAUGUGGGGACCUGGACUGCUUAUUACUCCAGUCUUGGAUGAGGGUGCAGAUACAGUGACUGCAUAUAUGCCUGAUGCUGUGUGGUAUGAAUAUGAGACAGGCAUAAAGGCAAUUUGGAGGAAACAACAAUGUCAGAUGUAUCUGCCAGCAGACAAACUAGGACUUCAUCUCAGAGGGGGUUACAUCUUUCCCACUCAACAACCAGCCAACACAACUGUUUUCAGCCGUUUAAAGCCUAUGGGGCUUAUAAUUGCCUUAGAUGAGAAUCAGAGAGCAACAGGAGACUUAUUCUGGGAUGAUGGAGUAACCAGAGGUACAGUGGAAAGUCAAUCCUACCUCUUAUAUCAGUUUAGUGUUGCCAAUAAUAUCUUGAACAUUAGCAUUGCCCACCAGGGAUAUUUUGACCCAAACAACUUAAAAUUUGGUGAAAUUAAAAUCCUUGGAGUGGUAACCAAUUCCACUCCUAUUGUUGUGGUACGUCAGAACGGUGCAGACGUUCCAUCCAGUCACAACACAACCUAUAAUGUUUCAUCUCAGGUCUUGCACAUUACAGGCCUUCAGCUUGCACUUGGGCAAGAAUAUACACUGAGAUGGGAACCCGAGAACAUUCAAGAUACAGAAAAAUUUAACUGCCAUCCGUAUCCAGAACCAACACAAAGCACUUGUGAAGCUCGUGGCUGCAUCUGGGAGGUUGUCACUACUCCUGGGGUGCCACACUGUUAUUAUCCCAGUAAAUAUGGCUACUCUGUCAGUAACAUUCAAACCACUGCUAGGGGCUUGACAGCUGAUCUCCAUAGGGACACUAACUUCCCUAACCCAUAUGAUCCGAGGUCACCAGCAGUGGACCUGCUGCGUUUGGAAGUGACAUAUCAUUACAAUGACAUGCUGCAGUUUAAGAUAUAUGAUCCCAACAACAAAAGAUAUGAAGUUCCAGUCCCCCUCUUCACCCCAAACAACCCUGAAAGUACAGAUGCUGAUCGACUCUAUCAAGUGGAAAUUGUCAACAAUCCAUUUGGCAUACAGAUCCGACGGAAAAGCACUGGCACUGUUAUCUGGAAUUCACAGGUCCCAGGCUUCACUUUCAGUGACAUGUUUAUUCAGAUUGCUACACGCUUGCCAUCACAGUAUGUGUACGGAUUUGGAGAAGCUGAACAUACUCAAUUCCGCAGAGAUAUGAAUUGGCAGACCUGGGGAAUGUUCACAAAAGAUCAACCUCCUGGUUACAAACUGAAUUCCUAUGGUUUUCACCCCUUCUACAUGGGAAUGGAAAAUGAUGGAAGUGCUCAUGGAGUUCUUUUGCUGAACAGUAAUGCUAUGGAUGUCACCUUCCAACCAACACCUGCCCUCACAUAUCGCACAAUUGGGGGAAUUCUGGACUUCUACAUGGUUUUAGGGCCUACUCCAGAAGAAGUUGUUCAGGAAUACACCAGACUUAUUGGUCGACCAGUCAUGCCACCCUAUUGGGCACUGGGAUUUCAACUUUGCCGCUAUGGAUACAAAAAUACUUCUCAAAUUGCCGAACUGUAUGAAGCAAUGCGAACAGCUCAAAUACCCUAUGAUGUACAGUAUACAGACAUUGAUUACAUGGAAAGGAAGCUAGGCUUCACUCUUGGCAAAAACUUCAGUGACCUUCCUGAUUUCAUCAGAAAAAUUAAAGCAGAGGGUUCAAGAUUCAUCAUCAUCUUGGAGCCAGCUAUUUCAGGCAAUGAAACUGAACCAUAUGAGACAUUUAUCAAAGGUGUGCAGAACAAUGUCUUCAUUACAUGGCCUAACAGCACAGAGAUCACUUGGGCAAAGGUAUGGCCUGAUUAUCCCAAUGUAACAUAUGAUGAAAACUCAAGUUUGGAAGAACAACUUGCAUGCUGCCGAGCUGAUGUUGCUUUCCCAGAUUACUUCCGGAAUUCCACCGCAGAGUGGUGGCAAGAAGAAAUACAAAAUUACCAUGCCAAUGUUCUGCAAUUCGAUGGCCUGUGGACUGACAUGAAUGAGCCAUCCAACUUCAUUGAUGGAGCCGUUGGGGGGUGCAGAAAUCCAGAAUUAAAUCAUCCUCCAUAUAUGCCAGCCUUGGUUUUGAGAGAAAGAGGACUGAGUCUUGUUACAAUGUGCAUGGAAAGUGAACAACAGCUUCCUGAUGGGACACCUGUGAGACACUAUGAUGUACAUAACCUGUAUGGAUGGUCACAAGCAGAAUCCACUUACUAUGCUAUGCGCAAUGCCACAAAAGAACGUGGGAUAGUUAUUACCCGUUCAACUUACCCAUCCAGUGGUCAAUGGGCAGGACAUUGGCUUGGUGACAACUAUGCAAGAUGGGAUCAGCUUGAUAAAUCUAUUAUUGGUAUUAUGGAAUUCAGCCUCUUUGGCAUCUCCUAUUCUGGUGCUGACAUUUGUGGCUUCUUCAAUGACACAACCUAUGAAAUGUGUGCUCGGUGGAUGGAACUUGGAGCAUUUUAUACCUUCUCUAGAAAUCAUAAUGUGAUGUUGACCAGGAGGCAAGAUCCUGUGUCCUUUAACACAACAUUUGAAGACAUAUCAAGGAAUGUGCUCAGCAUACGAUACAAAUUGUUACCCUAUCUCUACACAUUAAUGCAUAAUGCUCAUGUUAAUGGCAGUACAGUUGCACGUCCUUUACUACACGAGUUUGCAAAUGACAGGACAACAUGGGAUAUCUACAGGCAAUUUUUAUGGGGCCCAGCUCUGCUGAUUAGUCCUGUGCUGGAUGAGGGUGCUAGAACAGUGAAUGCUUACAUACCUGAUGCAAGGUGGUAUGAUUAUCAUACGGAAAAAUACCUUGGAUUCCGAAGACAAUUUAAGGUACUGGAAGCAGAUCUGAGCCAUAUAAAUCUUCAUAUUCGGGGUGGUUUCAUCAUCCCCUGGCAAGUGCCUAGUAUUACUACCAAUGCCAGCCGUCUAAAUCCCAUGGGACUUACAAUUGCAUUGGAUGAUAAUGGGGAAGCACAAGGACAACUUUACUGGGAUGAUGGAAUUAGUAUUGAUGCCUAUGAGAAUGAUUUUUACCUCUUUCACACUUUUAAGGCUAGUCAGAGUGUCUUGGAUAUCACUGUGGAUCACCAGGGAUACAUAGAUCCAAAUAACUUAAUAUUUGGUGAAAUUAAAGUCCUAGGAGUAGCAAGCGAGACUCCUCCUGCUCUUUUGGUGUAUCAGAAUGGUGUACCAAUUCCAUCCACUCAUAUUGUGAAUUAUGAUUCUUCAACUCAGGUCUUGCAUGUUACUGGCCUUCAGCUUCAACUAGGACAAGCAUAUUCAUUAAGCUGGGCAACUGAUGUUCUAGACAAUGAAAAGUUUGACUGUCUUCCAUACCCAGAAGCAACAGAAAGUAUUUGUGAAGCUCGUGGUUGCAUCUGGAAGGCUGUCUCUACACCUGGAGUGCCAUAUUGCUACUAUCCUAGUGAUUAUGGCUACCUGGUCAGUAAUAUUCAAAAUAGUCCUCAGGGCUUGACAGCUGACCUCAAUAGGAACACCAGUAUCCCUAACCCCUAUGGACCUAGGUCACCACCAGUAGAUGUGCUUCGUUUGGAAGUGAAAUACCAUUAUAAUGAUAUGUUGCAGUUUAAGAUCUAUGAUCCCAACCAGAAAAGAUAUGAAGUUCCAGUCCCACUGUUCACUCCAAAUGUUCCUGGAAGUACAGAAGCUGAUCGGCAAUAUGAGGUGGAAAUUGUGGAUAAUCCAUUUGGCAUACGGAUACGACGCAAAAGCACAGGAACUAUUAUCUGGAAUUCUCAAGUCCCAGGCUUCACCUUCAGUGACAUGUUCAUUCAGAUUGCUACACGCCUGCCAUCACAGUAUGUGUAUGGGUUUGGAGAAACUGAACAUACUCAGUUUCGGAGAGAUAUGAACUGGCAGACAUGGGGAAUGUUCACCAAAGAUCAACCUCCUGGUUACAAGCUCAAUUCCUAUGGUUUUCACCCCUUCUACAUGGGACUAGAAAAAGAUGGAAAUGCUCAUGGAGUUCUUUUGCUGAAUAGUAAUGCUAUGGAUGUUACCUUCCAACCAACUCCUGCCCUGACAUAUCGUACAAUUGGAGGAAUUCUGGACUUUUACAUGGUUUUGGGUCCAACUCCAGAAGAGGUUGUUCAAGAAUAUACCAGACUUAUUGGACGACCAGUCAUGCCACCCUACUGGGCUUUGGGAUUCCAGCUCUGCCGCUAUGGAUACAAAAAUACUUCACAAGUUGCUGAUCUGUAUGAAGCAAUGAGAAUAGCUCAAAUACCCUAUGACGUACAGUAUACAGACAUUGAUUACAUGGAAAGGAAGCUAGACUUCACUCUAAGCAAAAGCUUCAGUGACCUUCCUGAUUUUGUCAGACAAAUACAAUCAGAGGGUUCAAGAUUCAUCAUAAUCCUGGAUCCAGCUAUUUCAGGCAAUGAAACUGAACCAUAUGAAACUUUUACCAAAGGAGUGCAGAACAAUGUUUUUGUUACAUGGCCCAAUAGCACAGACAUCGUCUGGGCAAAGGUGUGGCCAGAUUAUCCCAAUGUAACAUAUGAUGAAAACUCAAGUUUGGAAGAACAACUUGCGUGCUGCCGAGCUGAUGUUGCUUUCCCAGAUUUCUUCCGUACUUCCACCUCAGAGUGGUGGCAAGAAGAAAUACAAAAUUAUCAUGCCAAUGUUCUGCAGUUCGAUGGACUAUGGACUGACAUGAAUGAACCAUCCAACUUCAUUGAUGGAGCUGUUGGUGGCUGCAGAAAUGCAGAACUAAAUCAUCCUCCAUAUAUGCCAGCCCUGGUUUUAAGAGAAAGGGGACUGAGUCUUGUUACAGCAUGCAUGGAAAGUGAACACCAGCUUCCUGAUGGGACACCUAUGAGACACUAUGAUGUACAUAACCUGUAUGGAUGGUCACAAGCAGAAUCCACUUACUAUGGAAUGCGCAAUGCCACAGGAGAACGUGGAAUCAUUAUUACUCGAUCAACAUAUCCAUCCAGCGGUCGAUGGGCAGGACAUUGGCUCGGUGACAACUUUGCAAGAUGGGAUCAGCUUGAGAAAUCAGUUAUUGGUAUUAUGGAAUUCAGCCUCUUUGGAAUCUCUUAUAGUGGUGCAGACAUCUGUGGAUUCUUCAAUGAUACAACCUAUGAAAUGUGUGCCCGUUGGAUGCAGCUUGGAGCAUUUUAUACUUUCUCUAGAAAUCAUAAUGUAAUGGGAACUAGGAGGCAAGAUCCUGUCUCCUUUGACUCAGCAUUUGAAGAUAUCUCACGGAACGUGCUUAACAUACGAUACAGAUUGCUGCCCUAUCUCUACACAUUAAUGCAUAAUGCUCAUGCUGAUGGCAGCACAGUUACACGUCCUUUGCUGCAUGAGUUUGUGAAUGAAAAGGCAACUUGGGAUAUCUACAAGCAAUUUUUGUGGGGGCCAGCACUGAUGAUUAGUCCUGUACUUGAUGAAGGUGCUGUGACAGUGAAUGCUUACAUACCAGAUGCACGGUGGUAUGAUUAUCACACGGGAACAGAUAUUAAAGUACGAAAGCAAUUCAAGUUGUUGGAAGCACCUUUGCAACAUAUAAAUCUUCAUAUACGAGGAGGUUAUAUCAUUCCCUGGCAGGUGCCUGAUAUUACCACCAAUGCUAGCCGACAAAAUCCCAUGGGCCUUACUGUUGCUUUGGACGAUAAUGGGGUCGCUCAAGGACAACUUUACUGGGAUGACGGAAUUAGUAUUGAUGCAUAUGAAAAUGGCAACUACUAUUUCUCAAGAUUUCAAGUAUCUGAGAAUACACUGAAUGUCUCUGUAGUCCACAACAACUAUUUAACUGACUCUGUUGCUUUGAGAAUUGGUUAUCUGCACAUCUGGGGAAUUACAGCCCCAGUUAGUAGUGUUACUAUUACUUAUGAUGGGACAACAGAAGCUGCUGGAUCUCAGUAUGAUCCAUCAAGUCAGAUACUACAGGUUGACCUCAAUGGCAAAGUUUACCUGAUCUACAAAUUAAACCAAGUGAAAUGGAUGACAGCUACUUAACCAUUUAUGAAAAACCAAUAACACAAGAACAUUCUCAUGGCUAAAGAACACAUGGCUUUUGCAUUGUAUUUUUUAUAUGGUGGCAACACAUAAAUAAAAAAAAAAUGGAUGUGCCUUGAUUGUACACAAUAUUUGUAAUAAAGCAUCUAUUUUUAUUUUUAUAAAAAGCAUUGUCUGUGACAAUUCUGGACAAAUCUAGAAUGCUGCUUUAGCCAUAGAAUUAGACAAAUAUGAAAGAGAGAUAAACUUUUAUUUUAUUGAAGUGCAAGAAAGGCAAUAGCUAGAAGAAAAUAUUUUUAAAAGAUUAAUUAUAGCAGGGGAUCUGUAUGAUAGGAAUCAGAUUAUUUUUUGUUCUAGUUUACAGAAACAUUUCAAACAUCAGCAUAAAUGACUGUGACUAACAUGAUAAGGCUAUGCAAUUGAUCUUUAUUAUGAUGUUUAUAGAUCUCUUUGUAAAAACAUCUUAUAAAAUAUGACAGAUUUCUAAUUUUUGUAAUUUAUACUAAUGCAACAAUAAAAUUUCAUGGACAGAG